UCUCUCUCUAUAUCCUCACACUCAUCAUCGGCUCCCUCUCUUCCCCUCUCUAUCCGCCGCCCUCUCUUUCUCCCACAUGAAGCCACGCCAUCGCCCCUCUUCCCGGCGAGUCAUCGCCGGGAACCACCUCUGGCCGUAAGCCAUGUUUCUCUCCUUCUCCCAUCUGUCCCUCACUCUCCCUCGCGUACAUCGGACGGCAGACGAUCAUAGAAGGCCGUCGUCGUUGCUGCUCUGCUCUCGGCCACGACCAGCGGCGCUUGGCCUUCGGCCGCGCCGCCCCGCUCAGCCGCCUCCCUUCUCCCUUUCAAUGAUUUCUCGACUAUCACUCACCGGAGGAACAAAAGGAAUUUCAAAUGCAAAGAUUUGAUUUUUUGGUGUUUUGUAUUGAUUCUUCUCUUUCUUUGUUUAAUAAAGGGUUAAAGUACAAAUAGGUCCCUAUCAUAGAGGUCCCUAUCACGUUUGGCUCCCUAUACUCAAAGUUGGGCCAACUAAAUCCCUAUAGUGCGAAAAACGGGUUCAAUUGGGUCCCCAGCCCUAACGCCGUCCAAACGUCGUUCCCUUUCUUAAUUUUUUUUAAUUCGAUGGUGGGCCCCGCCUUAACUAACUAAAAACCCCUCUUUUAAUUUGGGGGUAUUUUUGAAUUGGUUUGAACCCUAAGCCGCGAUUUUGGUAACAAAUUGGGAGUUUCCUUUGUUGCUCCUGCAAAUUGGCGUAGGUUUUCGUUCGUUUUCCAUUCUCGAGUGCAGGCAUGAGUUUCAAUUCAGCUUUCGGUUCUGGCUCGAGCUCGUGGCGCGGUCGCCGGCAGGGUGAUAGUGCAGAGAAUCCUGUGUUUUGCAUUUGCGAAGUUGAAGGUAAAAAAUUGAAGGCUUCGAUUAUGACAUCGUGGACGGAAGAUAAUCCGGGUAGGAGAUUCUAUGGAUGUAGGAAUUGGAAGGCUAGGCACUGCGGUUUUUUUGAUUGGAUUGACGCCCCCAUAACUGAAAGAGCUAAGGAGGUUAUCAACGACUUGAAGAGUGAAAAUUUGAAGUUGAUGAAGGUGAAGCAUGAGAGCUCCAAAACAGAGACCAUGGAUGUGGAGCUUGAAAUUGAAAGGCUUUGGGGUGCUAUGCAAACUAUGAAGGAAGAUUCGAAGAAGAUGAUGAAGAAAACUAGCUUAGUUUCAUUUCUUUUUGUUGCUUCAUGGGUUGCGAUUGCGUAUUAUGCAAUAGCAUAAUGCAUGUAUGUAUUGGUUAUUUGCCCUUUUCUUGAGCCCCCUGUAAUGAAAGGCUUAAUGCCCUUUUUUGGAAAU